CCGGCCCCGGCGCCUGCUCCGUGCGGCCGGCGGAGCGCGGCGGCGCCAUGGCGGGGCUGGAGCCGCUCUACGCCUCGGCGCGGGCCGCCAUCUCCCGCCCGCAGGACGCGCUGCUCUGCGGCGUCCACUGGGAGCUGGUGCGGCACGGCUACGGCUGCCUGGGCGCCGGCGAGCAGCCAGGUCCUGAUGAAAGGAAGUCAGAACUGCUGCCAGACGGCUGGCAGGCCAACAAGGAGCUGUAUACGCUGCGGUACAAAUCCAUGGAUGAUUCCCGUGAGCUGCUGCUGAAGGCAAUCAUGGUGGAAGACAGCAUGAUCCUCAAUGUCAUGGAUCGCAGCACUCAGAAGGUGGCAGAUGUGACCUUGACGGUGGCUGAUUACAUCAACCCAGAGCACCUGGACGAUUUCCACAAAGUGUACAAGAACAUUGAGGAGCUGAAGACGAGAAUUGCUUCAGGUAUCAUUGCUCCCUUUGGGGCCCCCACAGAAAAGGCCAAAAAGGAGCCCCAGGCUGAGAAGAAGGAUCCUACCUUCCCUCGGGACUAUGACCCUCUCAGGGUCCCUCCCCGGCAGCCAGCAGGUGCGAGAGAGCCAUCCUGGCCUUCUCCCAUGGGCCCCUUUGCUGUUGGUGGGGAAGACCUGGAUCCUUUUGGAGGUCGAGGUGGAGGAAUGAUUGCUGAUCCUCUCAGGUCUGGGUUCCCACGGCCUGGCCUAGACCCAUCUUCAGGUCUCCCAAGCCGGCUUCCCCCAGGAGCAGUUCCACCAGGUGCCAGAUUCGACCCCUUUGGUCCAUUAGGGGCCAACACGUCUGGGCCAAAUCCAGACCACCUUCCCCCUCCAGGCUAUGAGGACAUGUUCAUGUGAGGAGUCUGGCACAAGGUUUCUCAGGUGGCUUCAGUGAGAAAAAUUUCCUGAGAAGCAGAAGUACCUUCAUGCCGUCACUCACCCGUUUGGUGGACUUCAAUCUUUCCAACAGCAUUUUUCCUCUCCCUAAACGGGGUGACCCGUGUUUCUGACCAGCUAUAAAGGUUUCCGUAUGUGUUGAACAGAAGAGGAAACAGUAGGUUUAUCUUGUUUCUUUUCAUACUACUCUGAAGAUCCCCAGCCAUUUGCACUUGGCAGAAAUGUGCUUGCCGUGCACGAGACAGCAGUGGGGGGUGCGGAGCAGUGCUCUGAGAGCUGCCCAGGUCGUUUGGAGGUUUCCUCCUCUGCCUCUCCAGGGUGGCACCGCUUUUGCCGUGGGGUUUAUGCGAGUGGUUGUUGCUAAGGAUAGAGCUGCCCUCUUGCUGCUCCCGUGCUGAGGAGCUGCAGUAGCUUUGCUGAGGGUAGCAGCCCGAAUGGGCUCCUCGCCCAGAGAUGGUUUCCCUCCUGUUCCUUAUCCCUCUCAGCCCUUCCACUGAGCCAAGCGAAGGGCUGACCAGCAGGAAGGGCUGGCAGCCCCUCCUGUGGGGUGGCCGUGGGCAGACCCCCAACAGUGGCCGAGAUCUGUGUGGCUGUGCCCAUGGCUCCUGUGGCCACUGGGUUUAAAGGGAACCACAGCAAAGCCUUAAAUUUACGUGAGAGGAGAUACAAGAGACGUACGUAAUUCCUGGCCCCACCUUGCACCUUCUCUCCCCUGCAGUCCUGUUUUCUUCUAUCCCCAGGGGCACGAGCAAAACCCCACAGGCAGGCAGUGGGAAAAGGGAUGGCCAUCAGCAACGCGGCGAGGCCAGGGCAGGAGAGGGGGCUCGGUACCCGUGUGACCUGCUGUGUCUGGUGUUGGCUCCCUGGGCUCGGCCGGGCCGAGUCGCUCGGUAGAGCUGAGCGCAGUGCAGAUGCGGGGCCGUUCUGGCGACACACGGAGAGGGAUUGCUCCGCUGUGGGAUUUGCUUCCCUGGGCUUUGCCAAAGGGGUUUAUAGGAAUGUGCGUCCCUGCAAUUAGUCCCACUGCACAAGGCUGACGUCUGCUAGGGUCGUUCUCCCCUCCAGGCUGUGCCUAGCCGGAUUCACGCUGCCGUGAGCCAAACGGCGUGGAGGCGGCAUGGUGAGGCCGGAGCCUCCCGGGCGGCUGGAGGGAAGGGAUGAGCUUUGCAUGGCCCAGGCUCCUAAGCUCUUUCUGAGCCACCUUCCUUUCCUGCGGCUCCCCUAGCGUCAGUGGAUUUGGGGGCUGCGACUUGUCUGUUUUGUCAGGGCGUCAUGUUGUUUUUUCUUCUUAUGCUUUGAUUUUUUUUUUUGAAGGAUGUUCAUGAGUUUAAAAUAAAAACCUGAUAACGUGU